UGCUUCGCAUUUUUUCUUACAGACGGCCGUCCAGUAAGAACCUAACCAUGGCGAUGGCGGCGGCCGGUUCUUCUAUACGUACAUUCUUUCUUCCUCAAAAUUUACGAUCAGCAUCUGGUAGUAAUUCCGAGAGAUUAUUCGUUUUCCUUUGCUGCGGGAAUUUGCCCCGAUUUGCUUCAGGAAAAGUAGUCGGCAAAUCAUUGACGAAAAAAGAUUUUGUUGCUGUGAAUGGUGUUCCGGAGAAAGCAGGAGAUGCUGUGCCUUCCUUGUUCCACGCAGACAAUUCAUGGUUGUCUUUGAUCGCGGCGGUGUUUGUAGCAGCACCUCUGAUCCAGAAGCUGUUAUCACUCACGAAGGAGAUUGACACGGCGGCGCGGGCGGUGGAGAAGAUAGAGCGCACGGUGGAGGGAGCGGCGGAGGACGUGGAGAGAGCGAGGAGAGACAUUAACAAAGCACUUGUAGAUCUGACAAGUGGGCUGAACAAGGUUGUCCGAAUCGUGCAAGUUUCGGUCAGAAAAACUGUGGAGUACGAGGAGAAGGUCGAUGAUCUGAUCCAUAAGGUGGAGGAGCUGGAGGAUCAGGUGGACGAGGUGAUGUUCAAUAAGAACAAUAGUAGCGGGAACUAACUGUAGUAUUUCUAUUACAAAGACUCAAAUUUUAUUUACUCUUCCAGGAAUUCUAUGAAGACACACAUCUCUUUCUUCACCACCCAAUUUCAGAUUAUAUAUUGCAAGAAUUAUUAUUAUUAU